CUGUGUAGGCGUAUAGACUACAGUCAAUCAUUUCAGAGGUAGGAGUCCAGUAAGGAACGAGAUCUGGUCUCACAUUUCCUUCUCUCCGGACCUGGGACAUACAUGUCUUUGUUAUGAAGCUGGGAGUGAGGCUAUGUGUGCUGGUGAUCUCUCUCCAGCUUUGGGCUCUAGGACAGGGGCAGGAGCUUGAGCCAGAGCAGGUCCUUGUGUUCUGUGAUGACAAAGACGUGGAGGCAGCUGUGGACUUGGCCCUUGUCAAGUACAAUGAGAAGCUUCCUUAUGGAAAUCAACUAGCACUCUACCAGAUUCUGGAGGCCUCAACGGCUCAGAGUGACUCAGGCACUCAGUACUUUGUGGAAUUCAAUGGCAGGGUCACUGACUGUCCAGCAGGGGGAAACAAAGUCUGGAGAGACUGUGACUACCUCUCAACUGGGAACCAGGUGCCAAGCCCUUGUAAUGCAACAGUCCACAUGUCAGAGACAGAUAAAGAGGUCCUGGCAGUUUUCUGUGACCCAGUUGUGGAGGCCCCUGUUGUUGCUGAACGCUCCACAUGUCUGGGGUGUCCUAAGGAGAUUGAUGUGGACAGUGAGGACCUAAAGGCUCCUGUGACAUACUCCAUCACCAGGUUCAAUGCCGAUUCUGACUCCAGCCAUCACUUCGUCCUGAACAGUGUUGGUUUUGCUACGAGACAGGUGGUUGCUGGAUUCAGGUAUAGACUGAUGUUCGAUAUGAGGAAAAGCAAUUGCUCCAAAGCGGACCACAAAGAGCUGAACGAUGAAUGUCAUCCAGAUGCUGAAGAUGUGGAACUUGCUCACUGCAAUUCUACAGUAGAUGUGGCACCUUGGAGACAUGAGACUGCAGAAGCAAAUGUGGAAUGUGCACCAGGUCCCCUUCAGAAUUUUGAAGUCUUUAGAAGAAGGCCUCCUGGAUGGUCUCCCUUGAGGAACUUCAACAAUUUUGCUGAAGCAACUCCAGCCUCAACUGCUUCAGCCAAAGAGGAGUCUUUAGAGGAGUCUCAGGAGCUCAGCCUGACUGCUGUCACCACAGCUAGCAGAGACCCAGAGCCAGCCAUGCCCCCCACCACUACUGCAGAGAGCCCUUUCCACUGCCCCUCCAAGCCCUGGACGCAGUUUGUCCCUCUAACAAUCCCCAGCCCUGCACAGGAGAAAAGCACAACACCCCCAACAGUGGUAGAGGGGUGCUUUAGUGAUUUAGACUUGCUGGGGAAAAAAUAAGUGAAUGCUGUAUAAUGCAUUUGUAUCAUAAGCACACCUGCUGAUUUGAAAUAAAAAUAAUCAUUUUAUUCUCUUUUUGACAAUGCAGUUCUCUCACUUUUGCAUUUCCUCAAAUUUGUCAAAGUACAUAUUAACUGUUUGGCAAUUUGAUACUAAAAAUAAAUAACUAAAUGUACGAAA